CCGACAUCGCAGAAAGACACACAGGCAACCGCCCACCAGCACCCGCCGGCCUGUCGACUCCAGAACACUCUGAGCAUCCCACAAGCCGGAAUCCACGUGCCAGAGCUGACCGCAACCACCUCCUUUUCCUCCUGCGAGGGCGCCGCAGCCACCAUAGCAUCACAAUGGCGUCUGCUCUAUUCUUUCUCGACCUCAAGGGCAAGACCCUCCUUGCCCGCAACUACCGCGGUGACAUUCCCAUGUCCGCGGUCGAGAACUUUCCAAUCCUGCUGAGCGAGGCUGAGGAAGAGUCAUCUGCCGUGCCGCCAUGCUUCUCGCACGAGGGCAUCAAUUAUCUUUACAUCCGCCACAACAAUCUCUACCUCCUCGCUCUGACAAAACGAAACACCAACGCGGCCGAGAUCCUCCUCUUCUUGCACAAGGUGGUGGAGGUCUUUACAGAAUACUUCAAGGCGCUCGAGGAGGAGUCGAUCCGAGACAACUUUGUCAUCAUCUACGAGCUGCUCGACGAGAUGAUGGACUUUGGCUACCCGCAGACAACAGAGUCCAAGAUCCUCCAGGAAUACAUCACACAAGAAUCCCACAAGCUCGAGGUACAAGCCCGGCCGCCGAUCGCCGUCACCAACGCGGUCUCGUGGCGCUCCGAAGGAAUCAGGUACAGGAAGAACGAGGUGUUCCUGGACGUCGUCGAGAGCUUGAACCUGCUGGUGUCUGCCAACGGCAACGUCCUGCGCUCGGAAAUCCUGGGCGCCAUCAAGAUGAAGUGCUACCUGUCGGGCAUGCCCGAGCUGCGCCUGGGUCUGAACGACAAGGCCAUGUUUGAGACGACGGGGCGGACGACAAGAGGCAAGGCCAUCGAGAUGGAGGACGUCAAGUUCCACCAGUGCGUGCGCCUGUCGCGCUUCGAGAACGACCGGACAAUCUCAUUCAUCCCCCCGGACGGCGAGUUUGAGCUCAUGAGCUACCGGCUAAACACGCAGGUCAAGCCGCUGAUCUGGGUCGAGUGCGUCGUCGAGAGCCACUCGGGAUCGCGCGUCGAGUACAUGCUCAAGGCCAAGGCACAGUUCAAGAGGCGGAGCACGGCCAACAAUGUCGAGAUCAUUGUCCCCGUGCCCGACGACGCCGACUCCCCUCGCUUCCGCACCAACAUUGGCAGUGUCCACUACGCCCCGGAGCAAAGCGCGAUAGUAUGGAAGAUCAAGCAGUUUGGUGGAAAUAAGGAGUUCAUGAUGCGGGCGGAGCUGGGCCUGCCCAGCGUGCGUGGCGACGACGAGCACGGAGGUGGAAUGACGGGUGGGUUUGGUGGAAGUAUGGGUGGCGUCAGCGCGGGCAAGGGAUCCAAGAGACCCAUACAGGUCAAGUUCGAAAUUCCCUAUUUCACGACAAGUGGCAUCCAGGUCCGGUAUCUCAAGAUCACUGAGCCCAAGCUGCAAUACCCAUCCCUGCCGUGGGUGCGAUACAUUACACAAUCUGGAGACAUCGCUGUGCGGUUGCCAGACGCCGUGUAGGAUCUUG